AUGCAGGACUUGGAAGCAAAUCCUGACAUUCCAGUGGAUUCAUUGCAAAGAGUUUGCAUGGAAAGAUACAGGAUUAAUGUGAAGCUCAGGUUAUUCUACAAAGUCAAGGCCUUAGCUAGGGUGCAAAUUCAUGGGGGUUUUGCUGAAUCAUAUGCACUUUUACCCAAGUAUGUUGAGAUGAUUAAAGAAACUAAUAUAGGAUCCCAUGCACUAAUUACCUGGACUGACAAUGGUAAUGAAGGAUCUAGAUUCAAGGCAUGUUUUAUCUCAUUUGCAGCUCAGGUGAAGGGUUUCUUGGGUGGAUAUAGACCCAUAAUAGGCAUUGAUGGUGCACAUCUUAGUGGCUAUUAUAAGGGCAUAAUGCUGACUGCAGUAGGAAUUGAUGGCAACAAUGAGAUAUUUGUCAUUGCAUAUGGUUUGGUUUCAACAGAAAGCAUAGAGACCUGGGCCUAUUUCUUCAGGAAUCUCAAAAUUUUGUUUCAGCAACAUGGAUGUGAAAAAGAUGACUGGACAUUCAUUAGUGACAGAAUGAGGGGUGUUGACUCAGCUGUGUUUGAGGUUUUUCCAAGAGCAACAAGGAGAAUUUGUUGCCAGCAUCUUUACUCAAACUGCAAGAACAAAGGCUGGAGUGGGAAUGCCUUUCACAACUUGUUCUGGGUUGCUGCCAAUGCCUACAAUGAAUAUGUCUUUGAAAAGGCAAUGUCCAAAAUAAAGAAGUAUAAUGAAGAAGUAGAGAAGUACCUUAGAGCUAUUGAGGAGCAAUGGUCAGUCCAUACAUUUGGCAGAAGGGUUUGUUGUGAUCAUAACACAACUAACUUUGUGGAAUCAUUCAAUUCAUGCACACAACCACACAGAGAUAUGCCUGUUUUGACAUUAUUGGAAGCUGUGAGAAACUGGUGUAUGAAGAGGAUUGGAGCUAGAUUUGACAAAGCUAUUGACAUGGAGCUUAAUCAACUAACAGAGUAUGCAAAAGGUAUUCUAGAGUCAAGGAGUGAAGACUCUAGGUUCUGUCAUGUGACAGCUUGUGGGGGUGGAGAGUUUGAAGUUAGGGAUGGGCAUCUGAAGUUCCUUGUCACACUUAAGACCAUGACAUGUGGAUGUGGGAAAUGCCAGAGACUACAAGCAACUAAUUUUGUGUCUGCAUAUUUCAAGGGGGCAGCAUAUAAAAUGACUUAUGGAGACCAUAUCCAUCCCAUGGCAGAUCCUACUCACUGGCCAGGGUUUGAUGUCUCAGAAAUUGCUCCUCCUAUAGUCUAG